GAGGUCUGCAAUACCGAUUGGGUUUCCGUUAUCGUUAAUACUAACUUUUUAAUACAUUUUCAUCUGAAACUGUAAAUCGAUCCUUAUUCUUUAGAGUAAAAGUUGUUUUACUCAAUUUUGAUUGGGUUGAUUUAAAAAAAAAUAAUAAUUAUGGUCCAUUGAACCUUACAGUACUUCAGUCCACAUCAUUUGUGUGGGGAUCGCCUGUCUAUGCCGUCGCUAUGAUGAGGACUGUCUGCCUCUGCUUUUGUAUCCUGAUCCAAGGCGGUCUAUGUGCGGAGUCCGAGGAGAGGUUGCUGAAGUGGCUACUGAGUAGAGAGCGUUACAACAAGCUGAUACGACCGGCCAGUAACCGGUUUGAACCAGUUACCGUCAAACUGCAGGUCUCCCUGGCACAACUGAUCAGUGUGCAUGACAGGGAACAAAUUAUGAUCACCAAUGUCUGGCUAACACAGAACUGGGUUGAUUACAGGUUGUCAUGGGAACCCUCAGACUUUGAUGGGAUUGACAAGCUCCGCAUUCCGUCCCGUCAUAUAUGGCUCCCAGAUAUUGUACUGUACAACAAUGCUGAUGGUAUCUAUGAGGUGACGGUCUUCACCAACGCCAUCGUCCUGUCCAACGGCACCAUCUUCUGGCUCCCACCAGCUAUCUAUAAGAGUGCCUGCAAGAUCGAGGUCAAACACUUCCCAUUCGACCAACAGAACUGCACCCUGAAGUUCCGCUCGUGGACCUAUGACCACACUGAGGUGGAUCUGGUCCUCAGGACAGGUGUGGCCAGUAUGGAUGACUUCACGCCCAGUGGAGAGUGGGACAUCUUGGCUUUACCCGGGAGACGUACUUUCUCCAGCUCAGAGCCCAUCUACGUGGAUGUGACCUACGACUUCCUGAUCCAAAGGAAUGAAUAUAUACCGUUGUUCUACACCAUAAAUCUGAUUAUCCCCUGUGUCCUCAUCACCUCUCUGGCUGUGUUGGUCUUCUACCUGCCCAGUGACUGUGGAGAGAAGAUCAGUCUGUGUGUCUCUGUGCUGUUGGCCCUCACUGUGUUCCUGUUGCUGAUAUCUAAGAUCGUACCGCCAACCUCGCUGGAUGUGUCCCUGAUCGGUAAAUAUCUGAUGUUCACCAUGGUUCUCGUAACCUUCUCCAUCGUCACCAGUGUGUGUGUUCUGAAUGUCCAUCACCGUUCCCCCAGCACACACACCAUGCCCCACUGGGUUAAAGUUUUGUUCCUGGACCGGCUGCCUGCCCUGCUGUGCAUGAGGCACCCCCAGAACAACUCAGCCAGACAACGUCUCCGUCAGAGGAGGCAGCAGUCGCUCCAGAAGACCAAGGAGGCUAGCCCAGGGGUGGACCGUGGCGUGGCCUCCUCUCCUUCCUCUUCGCCAUUCCUCCUAUCUCCUGGGUCCUACUACCUCAGAAAAAGGAGUGUGAGGACACAAGAGGGGUUUCUGCCCACGGAGCAACUGUCUGGUCGCCCGUGGUGUGGCAGCUCCAGCUCUGACAUCAGUCACAGUCCUGACCUACAGGAAGCUGUGGACGCGGUGCGAUACGUCCCUGACUACAUGAUUAGAGACGACGACAACAAGACUGUGAUUGAGGACUGGAAGUACGUGGCGAUGGUAUUGGAUCGUCUGUUCCUGUGGAUCUUUGCAGUAGGCUGUAUAGCCGGUACUCUUGGGAUCUUCCUCCAACCUUUCUUCCAGCAUCAGACCAUUCCCAUCCGGAAUCUCAGCAGCCCCACCUCACCAAGGGACGUCAUCUUGAAGGAUUUCGUUGUUUAAAACUAUAUAUAUUAUCCAUGUAAAAUAAAUAAUGUAUAGCUUUAAAAGCAGACCCCACCACAUGAAAUGAUCUGAAGGACUUUACUGUCAACUGGCUAAUGCCGCUACUAUUCUUAGCUACAAUUUAUUACAAUAAUGAUGAAACAAAUGAUCCGGGAUUCCUGCCGUCGUUAUAC